AUGCAGCCCCAGCCCCAGCCCUCUAUCCUCACCUCCAUGCAGCCCAGCCUCUAUCUCACCUCCAUGCAGCCAGCCUCCAUCCUCACCUACAUGCGCCCAGCCUCUAUCUCACCUCCAUGCAGCCCAGCCCUCUAUCCUCACCUCCAUGCAGCCCCAGCCCCUCUUAUCCUCACCAUCCAUGCAGCCCAGCCCCACCCCAGCCCCUCUAUCCUCACCUCCAUGCAGCCCCAGUUCCGCCCUCUAUCCUCAACCUCCAUGCAGCCCCAGCCCUCCAUCCUCACCUCCAUGCAGCCCCAGCCCCCUCUAUCCUCACCUCCAUGCAAGCCCCAGCCCUCUAUCCUCACCUCCAUGCAGCCCCAGCCCCUUCCCAUCCCUCACUCCAUGCAGCCCACCUCCUAUCCUCACCUCCAUGCAGCCCCAGCCCUCUAUCCUCACCUCCAUGCAGCCCAGCCCUCUAUCCUCACCUCCAUGCAGCCCCAGCCCUCUAUCCUCACCUCCAUGCAGCCCCAGCCCUCUAUCCUCCACCUCCAUGCAGCCCGCCCCUUAUCCUCACCUCCAUGCAGCCCCAGCCCUCUAUCCUCACCUCCAUGCAGCCCCAGCCCUCUAUCCUCACCUCCAUGCGCCCCAGCCCUCUACCUCACCUCAUCAGCCCAGCCCUCCAUCCUCAACUCCAUGCAGCCCCGCCUCAUCCUCACCUCCAUGCAGCCCCAGCCCUCUUUCCUCACCUCCAUGCAGCCCACCCUCUAUCCUCACCUCCAUGCAGCCCCAGCCCUUUCUCCUCACCUCCAUGCAGCCCCAGCCCUCUAUCCUCACCUCCAUGCAGCCGAGCCCCUCUAUCCUCACCUCCAUGCAGCCCCAGCCCUCUUAUCCUCACCCUCCAUGCAGCCCCAGCCCUCUAUCCUCACCUCCAUCCCCAGCCCCAGCCCUCUAUCCUCACCUCCAUGCAGCCCCAGCCCAGCCUCUAUCCUCACCUCCCAUGCAGCCCCAGCCCUCUAUCCUCACCUCCAUGCAGCCCCAGCCCAGCCCUCUAUCCUCACCUCCAUGCAGCCCCAGCCCUCCAAUCCUCACCUCCAUGGCAGCCCCAGCCCUCUAUCCUCACCUCCAAAUGCAGCCCCAGCCCUCCUACCUCAACCUCCAUGCAGCCCCAGCCCUCUUAUCCUCACCUCCAUGCAGCCCCAGCCCUCUAUCUCACCUCCAUGCAGCCCCAGCCCUCCUAUCCUCACCUCCAUGCAGCCCCAGCCCUCUAUCCUCACCUCCAUGCACAGCCCCAGCCCCAGCCCCUCUAUCCUCACCUCCACCUGCAGCCCCAGCCCUCUCAUCCUCACCAUUCCAUGCAGCCCCAGCCCUCUAUCCUCACCUCCAUGCAGCCCCAGCCCUCUAUCCUCACCUCCAUGCAGCCCCAGCCCUCUAUCCUCACCUCCAUGCAGCCCCAGCCCUCUAUCCUCACCUCCAUGCAGCCCCAGCCCUCUCAUCCCUCACCUCCCAUGCAGCCCCCAGCCCUCAUUCCUCACAUCCCAUGCCGCCCCAGCCCUCUAUCCUCACCUCCAUGCAGCCCCAGCCCUCUAUCCUCACCUCCAUGCAAGCCCCAAGCCCUCUUAUCCUCACCUCCAGCAGCCCCAGCCCCAGCCCUCUAUCCUCACCUCCAUGCAGCCCCAGCCACAGCCCUCUAUCCUCACCUCCAUGCAGCCCCAGCCACAGCCCUCUAUCCUCACAUCCAUGCAGCCCCAGCCCAAGCCCCAUGCAACCCUCUGCAGUCCCAUGCAGCCUCAGUCCUGGUUGCUGUGCUGGCUUGUGAUUGUCUGCUUGGAGCACGGUGUGCUGGAGUACGGUGUGCUGGAGCACGGUGUGCUGGAGCACGGUGUGCUGGAGUACGGUGUGCUAGUGCACGGGACCACCGGACCUCACCCCACCCCCUCCACCCCACUGUCCACCCCUGACUCACCACUGCCCCCCACCGCCUGCCACGCCGCCCCACUCCCAACCGUUAUGACUUCACCACUCUGUCCUCCCCCUCUAGCUCCACAACCCAAUAACUCUCAAACGCACUUCCCCCCUCUCCCCCACUGUCCUCCCAUGGCCCACCCGCACCGCCUGCGCUACACUGCCAAGGCCACCUUGAUCUCGGCGGACGACCUCUCCAUGAGCUGCAACCCACUCGCUGCACCUACUCUCACCCUCCUUCCCCCACUACUCGAUCAUGUCGCCACUCAUCAGCCCCAGAUCCACACCCUCCACCCGGACCUCCACCUCUCCAACCCUACCCAUCCUCCCCGACCUCCUCAUCUCUCUAUGCCCACCACCUCUGCACACUACCUCCACUCACCACCCUACCGCGACAUCUCUUCCACCACCUCGAUCGUCUCCACCUACCCCACCCUCGUCCACCACUCCAAUCUUCUCCUCCUCUAA